AUGGGCCUGUUCUCCCGCAAGCCAAAAGCCUCGAGCAAGCCAACAAUCAAGACGUCAAACGCCAGCAUCAACUCCGGUACAUCCAGCAUCAGAUCACCACUACCGCGCAGUGCCAUCAUAAACAGAAUGUCAGGAAACAGCUCCGCACCCGGCACACCUUUGACGCCCUUGUCGCCCGUCUCCUUGCCCAAGGUUGACCUGCCGCGUCCCCCCGACCCGCAGCUCGACCCCGCAGGAUACCUCCGAAGCUUGGGAGCCGUUAGAGAACGAAGCAAGAUCGUCACCGAGAAGGCCCUCCGGAAUGAGUUGAAGCACUUCGAUGUGGACAUGAACAAGUUCCCGAACGUCGUAUCAUUUGUCUCCAAGAUUAUCAAGAGAGAUUACGAUGCGCCGUUCAACACGAUACCCGGCCACGGCAGACACCAGCACUUUUGCGUCGGUGGGCGCGACCGUAUCGCUCAACUUCUUUCUACGUUUCCCGAGGAGGUCGACAACACCGAGAAGUGUCGCCGCAUGAUCGACCUCUUCCUCGUCAGCGUGCUGCUAGAUGCUGGCGCGGGCACAAAGUGGAGCUACACGAGCUCGGAGAAUGGCCGCGUAUAUCGUCGGUCAGAAGGAAUUGCAGUGGCAAGCUUGGAAAUGUUCAAGACGGGCAUCUUUUCUAGCAACAGCAAGAACAAAUACCAGGUCGACAAAGAGGGACUACGUAACCUGACGGUCGAGAAGAUGGCCGCCGGCCUCCAGUCCAAGCCUGGAAAUGAAAUGGCUGGAAUCGAAGGCAGAACACAACUUCUCCAGCGUCUGGCGGAUGCAUUGACCGAGAAGAAGGAGUACUUUGGCGAGGAUGGCCGGCCAGGCAACAUGGUUGACUACCUGAUGUCACAUCCCUCUACGCAGGCUUCUUCCAUGCCGAUUGUCGUUCUCCCCACUCUGUGGAGUGUUCUCAUGAAUGGUCUCAUGCCGAUCUGGCCGCCAUCCCGAACCUCGAUCAACGGCGUGUCCCUUGGCGACGCCUGGCCUUGCCAGUCCAUGCCGCAGCCGCCGCAGAGCCCGACAACCUCGCAGUUCUCUCCCUUCCCGCCUUCUGCGCAAAACUCGACCGCCGCGUGGGAAUCCAUCCUGCCGUUCCACAAGCUCACGCAGUGGCUCUGCUACAGCGUGAUGCAGCCCAUGCAGUCCCUACUGCGGGUUCAUUUUGCCGGCGUCGAAUUGCUGACGGGCCUGCCCGAGUACCGCAACGGCGGUCUCUUCAUUGACCUGGGUGUCCUCACGCUGCGAUCCGAGGACACGGAAAGAGGUCUUCAGCACUACGAUGAUUACUGCAAAAAGGCGGGCGUCAAGCCGGUGGAGGUGGCGCCCAUGUUCGAUCCCAGCGACGAUGUGAUUGUCGAGUGGCGUGGUGUGACGGUCGGUUUCCUGGACAAGCUUUGCGUCGAGGUCAACAAGUAUUUGAAGAAUGAGUUGAAUGGGAACGAGCUCACUCUGGCUCAACUGCUGGAAGCUGGUAGCUGGAAGGGCGGGCGAGAGAUGGCCGAGUACAGCCGACCAAACACGAAGGAGCCUCCCAUUCUCAUCGACAGCGAUGGAACUGUUUUCUAA